AUGUGGAAAGGUAUUGAGGGCUCCAGCAAGGAGAUAUGGAAGGUAGGUAACAUUUCUGUCAUUCAAUUUGUAAGAUUAUCCCCACCCUCUCUCCCCCCUGGGAGAGUUGUACUUCAGUAUGUGAGCUUAGAGAGUCCUGUAAAAUAAUAGACUUAUUUUUAUGUUUGUCCCCCAGAAUAGAUGUCAGGUGCUUACCUGGGUAUUUGAGCUUGGAGAGUUCUGUGAGAUAAUGGCUUAUUAUUAACUGUUGAUCCUCAGGAGAGAUGUCAGGUGUUUACCUGGAUAGAUGAGCUCAGGGAGUCCCAUGAGCCGAUCCGGCCCCCUGAGGAGAUCAAGAGACGUCUCCUCGAGAUGAUGCUGCACAACUGUAUGAUGGACAUUGGCAGCUCCGGUGUCCAGACUCCACUGGCCCUCUCAGAAAAUGCCAUCGAACUCAUC